AUGUCAGAUCCAAGCCUGACGUUAGAUCCAGUGUCGAGGCGCAGACUUCAAAAUCGUCUCAACCAACAAGCAAGGCGGAAAAGAAAGGCCCAGGAAAGACAAAGCAACCUCCAAACAAAACGAUGGGUCGUCUACACGGACAAAAUACCGUCUCCAGCAGAAAAUGAAUAUCAGCAAGGCAAGGCCGCGACAACCAGCCCUCGACUUGAAGAUCCACCAAAAACUCCAAAUAAUGAAAAUGACUACUUCUGCGGAUCUAUCAACCUUCCCCGCGAAGUAUACUGGAAUCAACUCCAAACAAAAGUCGCCAACGGCGCCGCCAACAACCUCCUCUCUUCCAACCUGCUUCUUGAAGUCACCCAAUUCAACAUCGUGCGCGCGAUGUUCGCCAACGCCGCGAGCAUGGGUCUCUCCCUGGAAGUACUCUGCGAAGACAUCGCUUCAUCCUUCAAUAUCGCCGGCCCACUCACGCUGCAAUUACCACCAAGCUUGCAACCCAGCACCACGCAGAAACAGAUAAUCCACCACCCCUGGAUCGACCUGAUCCCCAUCGCAUCCCUGCGCAACAGUCUUCUGUUGAAAUUGGAGUCACUCGAUGAAGAGGAAUUAUGCACUGAUCUAUAUGGACUGUACGAUUCGUCCCCGAUCGUUGGAUUGCUUGUCUGGGGCGAGGCUUGGGAUCCGUCUGCGUACGAGGUUACGGAGAGAGUGGCUAGAAAGUGGAGGUGGAUAUUGAAGGACUGUCCGGAUCUUAUGAAGUCGACGAAUUACUGGAGGAAGCAACGGGGUGAAAGGCCUUUGAGAUUGGCGGAUUUUGAGGAUCGGCGAGUAGAGGAGGUUCAAUAA